AUGUUUGAAGAAGGAGCAUCCAACUAUUAUCAGCCAGGCAACUACCUGAUCAGCGGUUUUGUUUCUUCACAAUCUAUUGAUCAUCAGCAACCGUAUGUCUUUUAUGAGUCACCAGGCAAGCGGGGGGAGAGUUUCUCAAUUCUACGGUACUGGCACAUGUUGCCCAUCUUGCUUUCCAUCCAUGAGAUCAACCAGAAUCCCAGGCUCUUACCCAACAUCACUCUGGGCUAUGACAUCUAUGAGAGCCAUUUUGAUGGGAGAAUGACUUCCUAUGCCAUGCUAGGCCUGCCUGCCAGUGGGGAGAGCCACCUUCCCAACUUCAGCUGUGGGAAGAGGAAGAACCUGCUGGUCAUUCUUGAAGGAAGUGAAUCAGACAUUUCCACUCUCAUUUCAGCCAUGUUGGUCAUCUACAAGUUUCCUCAGGUGGCACCUCAUUCCAGGUGUGUGGAAAGCUGUCACCCCGGAUAUGCCAAGCAGACUCAGGAAGGGAAGCCACCCUGCUGCUACGCUUGUGCCCCAUGUGCAGAAGGGACCAUCUCCACUCAGCAAGAUGCAGAGCAGUGCAGCAGGUGUUCUGAAGAUCAGCACCCGAACAAGGACAGAGAUCGCUGUAUCCCCAAGAGAAUAACCUUCCUCUCCUAUGGGGAACCUUUGGGGAUUAUCCUGGCUACCUUUGCCAUGAUUUGGCUUUUAAGCUCAGCCCUUAUGUUUGGAAUCUUCAUCAAAUUCCAAGAAACUCCAAUUGUCAAAGCCAACAACAGGAACCUCUCCUAUAUUCUCCUUCUCUCCCUCCUGUUUUCCUUUUUGUCUACCUUCCUGUUCAUUGGGCAGGCAAGAAAAGCAACUUGUCUGCUCCAACAAACAGCCUUCAACAUCAUCUUCUCAGUUGCCACCUCGAGUGUGUUGGCCAAAACCAUCACUGUGGUGCUGGCCUUCCUGGCUACCAAGCCAGGGAACAGAGUGAAGAUAUGGCUGGGAAGAAGUAUGGUAAUUUCCAUUGUCAUUUCCUGUUCCAGUGUCCAACUGGUCAUCUGCUCCAUCUGGCUGGGCAUGACUCCACAUUUCCCUGACUCAGACAUGUACUCCCAGCCUGGUCACAUCAUCCUAAAGUGCAAUGAAGGCUCUGUGGUCGUGUUCUACACUGCCCUUGGCUACAUGGGCUUCUUGGCUGCCAUCUGCUUCACUGUGGCCUUCCUUGCCAGGAAGCUGCCAGGGGUCUUCAACGAGGCCAAGCUAAUUACUUUCAGCAUGCUGGUCUUUUGCAGUGUCUGGGUGUCCUUCGUGCCCUCCUACAUGAGCACCAAGGGGAAGUACAUGGUGGCCGUCCAAGUUUUCUCCAUCUUGGCCUCCAGUGCUGUGCUGCUGUGCUGCAUCUUCCUACCCAAGUGCUACUUCAUUGUCCUGAGGCCUGAUCUGAAUACAAAGGAAUAUCUCAUGACCAAGGGCAAAGAUGACAUCUGA